AUGCCCGUGCCGUUAGCUCUUUCGGUGCCAGCGGCGGCCGCCGGGCUGUCGUAUAUCAAUGCGAAGACGGGACUCUCGUAUGACUGGACCAUACUCCGCGGUAUGCUUCCGGCUAUCUUGAAAAACCGUAUGCGAGAAUGGAAGGAUCGUUGCAGCGCAUUCUACAGGCUAGAGCAAAUAGCAACAAGCAAGUCUUCGGCAAACCGGACUUUCAUCCUCUACCAGGACAGGUCGUGGACUUACGCCCAGUUCUACGAGGCAGCGCUCAAGUACGGCAACUACCUAAAGUCAAAGUUCAACUUGAAACCCAAAGAUAUCGUUGCCUUGGACCUCCCUAACUCGGAUCACUUCGCUCUGCUUUGCUUCGGUUUGUGGUCCAUCGGGGUGAAACCAGCCUUCAUCAACUACAACCUGACGGGAGAGGCGCUGUGCCACUGUGUCAGUACCGCCAACGCUGUCCUCAUGUUGGUUGACCCAGACGUCGCGCCCAACGUGGAUGACGGCGUCCGGCAGAAGCUAGGUGGUUUGAAGAUCGAGUUUCUAACACCUGAGUUGGUCACGGACGUUUUCGCCACAGAGCCAGUGCGGCCGUCCGAUGAGCUCCGGGAGGGCGACUUGGCUCGGGACAUGGCCAUUCUAAUUUACACCUCCGGAACGACAGGCCUCCCAAAAGCUGCAAUCGUCUCUUGGUCGAAGAUAGCCUUGGCUUCCGUGUUCGUGGGUCACUGGAUAAAGUCGCAACCUUCGGACAUAUUCUACACGUCCAUGCCGCUGUACCAUAGCUCUGCCGCGAUUAUGGGUCUUAUGCAGUGUAUGGAAAGCGAGUGUACUUUCGCCAUUGGCAGGAAGUUCUCCACAAAGACGUUCUGGAAAGAAGUACGCCAGCACAAUGCCACCAUCAUCCAAUAUGUCGGGGAGACCUGUCGCUAUCUCUUGGCAGCGGCACCUGAGAUUGACCCGACCACUGGGGAAGCAAUGGACAAGAGCCACAAUGUGCGUCUGGCGUUUGGCAACGGCCUGCGACCAGACGUCUGGGAGAAGUUCCGCGAGCGGUUCGGCAUCCAGGACAUCGCCGAGUUCUACGCAGCUACCGAGGGCUUCAGCGGGACGUGGAACUACACGCGCAACGACUUCUCGAGUGGUGCCAUUGGGCGCAACGGAUGGCUUACGGGUCUGUCCACGCAGCAGAAGAUCGCCAUAGUAGCACGAAAUCCCGAGACGGACGAACCGGUACGCGAUACCGAGACAGGCCUGUGCCACCAAGUCAAGCGAGGCGACAUAGGCGAGUUGCUGUUCCGGCUGCCCGACGACAUGCAGAAAGACUUCCAGGGCUACUACAACAACCCCAAGGCGACGAACAGCAAGAUAAUCCGCAACGUGCUCAAGAAAGGCGACGGGUAUUUUAGGUCGGGGGACUUGAUCAGCUGGGAUCUAGAGGGUCGUACAUACUUUCACGACAGGAUUGGAGACACUUUCCGUUGGAAGGGCGAAAACGUGGCUACGACCGAGGUUAGCGAGAUGAUGGGCAAAUAUCCCGCCGUGGACGAGGCAAAUGUAUACGGGGUACAGCUCCCGAACCACGACGGACGGGCAGGCUGUGCUGCCGUUGUUCUGAAACGGAAAGCCGACGACUCUCUUCUGCGAUCGUUAGCCGAGCACGCGAGGAAGAAGCUGCCCAAGUACGCAGUGCCCAUCUUCUUGCGAGUGGGCAAGGGACUGGACCUGGCUCGUACGGGCACGAACAAGCAGCAGAAGCACGAACUGAGAAUACAGGGCGUGGACCCGGUCAAGGUUGGCGAUGACGAGCUCUUUUGGCUCAAGAACGGGACCUAUGUCAGGUUCGCCAAGGGUGACUGGGAUCAACUGAACGCAGGCCAGGUCAAGCUCUAA